GCUGCUCUCAUGGCCGACUCGCCUCUCAAUCACUCCUGGCCGUCCUUCUCUAAGCUCUGGAUGAAGAGAUGGUCCUUCAAGAGAGCCUCCGAGUGUAAGCCAUGUAGCCACUCCUGUGGGAACCCCAGYGGGCAGCUCAGCAUCCGGACCCUUGUUCCUGGUGGGAGAGGGUCUUCGACCUCAUCAACCCCGGCCUCCAUCACAGAGGAUGAGUUCUUUUGUGGCACAGCAGAUGAUCAGGACACAUGCUCUGUAGUCAGCGACUACGACUGUCUGUUUGUGGAGGAGGGCAGCAGCGUGGAGGACCUGCAGCGCCUCAGCCCCUCUCUCAGAGACUCCGAGUACUUCAGAGACCUGGAGGGAGCCACGCCGACCUCGCAGACUCCUGCGUGGACAGGAAUCCCUGCGGGAGCGGAGAGCAGGAGCCAGCGGGCYGUCGACUCACGCCUGUUUCCAAACACAGACCGUCUGAGCUUGGGCCAGACCUCUCUGACCACACGCUCCCCACAGGUCCACGCAGCAUCAUUUCCUUCCUGUGAUCCGCCUCCAGAGGAACUUCCCUCUGACUUUGUUGUCACUCGGCUCAGUCCUGAGCUGCUUUCAGGYUCUGUCUUGGACUCCUCCACGGAGCCUUCAUUGGAUUUAGGCCAGAGGUUUUCUCUAAAUGGACAGCUGGGAUCGUCUGAGACAGUAAAACCAAUAACGGGACUUGAAGGGAUAAAGGACCAAGAAACGAUGGAUUUGGACGGAGAGCCCGACCGGGACAGUUUCCCCAUCCUGGUCAGGUCCAUGUCGACGUCUCGGCGGCACAGCUGGGGGGUCCCUCUGUCGCCCCUCAGCUCUGGCAGGAGGCUGAGUCUGGAUACCAUGGCUAUAGACAGUGAUGAUGAGGAGCAGCAAAGUAGUCUCUUCCAGUCCACCCUGCAGCAGUCUGACAGCUGCUCAGCAUCCACCGGAGAGGAGUCGGAUGGCUCCAGCAUGAAGGCCACCGGGGUGCCUGGCAGGCAGCUGUACUCUCGCUCAGAGAUCCUCGCCACAGACGAAUGUUCCCGUGCGGCGCAUAUAUCUCGUGUGGUGCAGACGUCCAAACAGGCCGCCCGGGCAGCAGGAGUGGCAGAGGAGUUUGACCCUGAAGAAAAUCUGCACUCUAAAGAAGGACAAAGCCACAUGCUGAUGGUACAGAGAGUUCUGCAGGAGCUAAAACUGUACCAUGGAGCAAAGCGCAGGAGCAACAGUUCAGACACCAAAGAUUCUGGAAGUGUCACUUGGUACGAGUUCCUCUCAAACGAGAAUGAGGAAGAGGAGGAUCGUUUGGAGAAAGCAGAGAAAGGCACCAAGGUGAAGAGAACCUUGAGCUCUCUGAGGAACAGGAUGACCGGCUCCUUCAAUAAAGACAAGGGUAAGAAAGAGCUGCAGAGAGAAAAGGAGAAGGAGGCCAAAGAGAAAGAGAAAGUGUACCGCAGCAGCAGCAGCGGCCAUUGUUUUGUGCCUGGCUCCUUCUCCAGCUCUGCCACCUGCUCACUGUGCAGCAAGAGCCUGCAGAAAAGGCAUGGCCUGCAGUGCAUGAAUUGUGCUGUGAACGUUCACAAGAGCUGCAAGUCUCUGCUGGGUGAGUGCACCAGCAGCAAGAAUAAGAAAGAUUGUCUUCCCAAGGCUGGCACAUCUCCUAACGCCGCGCUGAAAGACCGGGACAGAGAGCGGGAUCAGGCAGGCACGGCUGCAUCUCAGGCCCUGGAUGGCCACUGCCACGGCGCCCCAGGCAUGACCCUUAGUUUGUGUGGCCCUAGCACUCCGUCAACUGGCCCCCAGACCACCAGCUCCACAUUAGCCCCUGCCUGCAGCGUCGGUCACGGUCUUCGUCACAACAGCAGCUCAGUAUCCCUCUCAGGGGAGAUGGAUGAAACAGACGCUGGCCGUUUCAAGCGCUGCAACGACGACUCCAUUUCCCUCGCUCCUUCCAUCGCCGAGUCCAUCAUCGUAGAAGAUGCCAGCUAUGGAGCGGUGCGGGCUGACCUCGAGUCAGACGCUCAGGACUUGGAGGCAGACUCGUGGAGUUCGGAGGUUGAGCCACAGUAUCUGAAGAAGCACUCAAAGGAAACAGUGAAGAGGCAGGAUGUGAUUUACGAGCUGAUGCAGACGGAGAUGCACCAUGUGCGAACACUGAAGAUAAUGCUGCACGUGUACGUCCGAGAGCUGAAGGAGAAYCUGCAGAUGGACUCGAGCCGACUGGACUGCCUGUUCCCCCGACUGGAGAACCUCCUGGACCUUCACACACAGUUCCUGUCUCGCCUCAAAGAGAGGCGGCGAGAAAGCCUUGUCCCCCACAGCAACAAGAACUACACCAUGAACAGAGUGGCAGACAUCCUGAUCACACAGUUCUCAGGUGAAAUAGGAGAGAAGAUGAAGGAAUGUUAUGGAGAUUUCUGCGGUCACCACACUGAAGCUGUCAGCUACUACAAAGAUCAGCUGCAAAACAACAGAAGGUUUCAAAACCUCAUAAAAAAAGUCAACAACCUGUCCAUUGUGCGAAGGUUAGGAGUGACAGAGUGUAUUCUGUUGGUGACUCAGCGGAUCACAAAGUACCCGGUCCUGGUGGAGCGCAUUCUGCACAACACUGAAGUGGAAACAGAGGAGUAUAAGGAUCUGACCCGGGCACUGGGACUGAUUAAAGACACCAUCGUACAGGUGGACGCACUGGUUAACCUGCACGAGAAGAACUCCAGACUUCGAGACAUACGCAACAAACUGGAGCCAAAGGCUUCUGGGAAAUUUAAAGAUGGCCGAGUGUUUCGCAGGGAGGACCUGACGCAGGUUAGGAGACGGCUGCUUCACGAGGGCACGGUCAGCUGGAAGGCUGCGUCUGGCAGACUCAAAGAUAUUCUUGCUGUUUUGCUGUCGGAUGUGUUGCUCUUAAUGCAAGAGAAGGAUCAAAGAUACGUGUUCGUUACAGUUGAUAACAAGCCAUCAGUUAUCUCUCUCCAAAAGCUGAUCGUCAGGGAAGUGGCUCACGAGGAGAAAGCCAUGUUUCUUAUCUGUGCUUCUUCCAACGAGCCAGAGAUGUAUGAGAUCCACACCAACUCUAAAGAGGAGCGCAACACUUGGAUGACGCACAUACGACAGGCUGUUGAGAGCUGUCCUCACUCUGAAGAGAGGCUGUUCAGCGAGGAAGAAGAGGCUCGAGCUGUCAGGCUCAAAGAAUUCCGAGAGCGGCUGAGUCAGAAAGAUGCGGUGAUUGCUCAGGCUCUUACCGAGAAGCUGCAGCUGUUUGCAGACAUGGCAGAGUCCGUGUCAGGUCUGGAGGACACGGCCUCUCGCUCCAGACUGCUGCUUCGAGGAGACACCUCAGACCUCCAGCAGGGGGAGACCCUGCUCAAAGGAGCCAUCACAGAGGUUGAGAACCUGCAGAACCUUCUGCAGUCUGGAGUGAGGGAGGAAGCUGAACCCCCUCGGAUGGAAGAAGGUGGUGGUUCUGGGGUUCUUCCCAGACGAGCAGACACCUUUGGGGGCUAUGACAGCAGCCCCACCAUCUUCAUUAAGAAUGGCAGUGUGAAGAAGAGCUUUCCUGGCGAGGCCAGAAGCCGAGACCGAAGCCAAAGAGCCAGCUCGGACCCUCAGCUCAAAAACCUCUGUGGCAGCCAGACUCUGGAGCAGACGGUUGAUGAGACCUGCCUCUCUCCUCCUAGAUGGAACCGCAUUUGGUCCAACUCGUUUCCUGAAGCUGAGUUCUUUGACAAAGUUUUGAUGCUCUCCCAGAGGCUUUAUAGUUUGCAGGCCAUCAUAUCCCAGCAGGACAGUCAGAUCGAGCUGCAGCGGGCCUCGCUCACAGAGCGGGUGUCRUUGCCGGGCCGCCACAGAGGAAGUGUGCUUCUGGAGCAGGAGAAACAGCGGACUCUGGCUCUGCAGAGAGAGGAGCUGGCCACCUUGCAUAAGCUGCAGUCCCAGCACAGACAGGMGCAGCAGCGCUGGGAGAAGGAGCGUGAGCGGCACCRCCAGCAAGUGGAGGCUACAGAGGCCAGGCUUCAGCAGAGAGAGGAGGAGUGCAGGAGGCUCGAGGAGCAGCUGGCAAAGGAGAGAGAAGAGCUGGACAUGCAGAGAGAGACGUAUCAGCAGGACUUGGAGAGACUGAGAGAGUCCACCAGAGCUGUGGAAAAAGAAAAGGAACGCCUGGAAAACCUGAAGAAGUUUAAGAGGAAGACAAUUGAGGUGGCUCCUCURUCUGGGAGUUUAAAUGGAGAUCUCCUCUCCGGCUCCACCGGCGUGUCCGACUCGUCUCUGUCCCAUAAGCCCUUGGCUCGGACCAGCCUGUCCGUCGCUCCGGCCGACUACCCCGAGCGCCCCGAGGUGACUCCGCGGCGCGACGCGAGCGCCUCCGCUCUUCCGCUGAAGACCGAAGUGCCGCUGCAUCUCUUCAGCACCACCAACCAGCAGCACAAAGCCGUGGGGGUGCAGCAGCAGAUCCCCACCAAACUGGCAGCGAUCAACAGCGGCAAAGGGAAAGGCGGGAAGGGCGGCAAGGCCUCGCAUCGCACCGACAGCACGGCCUCAGUGGACAUGAAGCAGAUGCUGCCUUUGAAACUCUCCUCCAAAGAGGACAACACCCUGAAGGCCAAGCGCUCCAUCAGCCCCCACCAGCAGCCCCCACCUCAGUGCCUGUCCCUGCAUCACCACAUAGAUCAGCUGAGUCCUCCAGACAGCGCCGGACCCGACCCUCCGCUCACCAGCUCCUCCCACCCGUCUCACUCACAGAAACCCCCCAUACCGACCCCACAUCCCACCCUGUCCCUGCCCACCGAGCCGCUCCAGUUCCAGCCCCACGGGCCGAACAUUCACAGCAAACCCCCUCUGUACCCCAUCCCUACAGAAGACCUGAAUAAGGAGGAUGUUAUAUUUUUUUAAGACCAAGCUCCGGCCUCUGAUCCCAGAUCAGCCACAAGCCUUGAUUUUAAAAAAGGAGCAGCUUUUCACAGUUUAACUCUCSGCACAAAGCUGCAGCGGUUUAUCAGAGCUGCAGUGGCUCAAACAGAGAAUAAUGUUUUUUUACUUCAUAUUUGCAUCUAAAUCGCCUAUAAUGUUUUAUUUAAUUUUUAGUUUUAUAUCUAAGCUUUUAAUUCUAGGGUGGAACCUGGGGUCAAAAGGUGUCCUGUAGAAUGUUCCUUUUUUUAAUUAUUAUUUUUUUUAUAGAAACAAAGUUUUAUUAAUCCAAAGACAGGAGAGGUGACGUGUGUGACUAAAAGCAGCAUUGUGGAUUAUUUUUCUUUUUUUAAAUGAAGAGGAUGAGUGCUGGUUUUCUCUGUGCACUUCUGCUGGACCUGACCUGGUGGAACAGAAAUGAUUCAGCUCCAAUGGUUUUAUUUUGCACAGUGUAAAAUGCUCCACUCCCAACUAAUGAAGGAACUUUUCUGUGGGAAAAUGUUGUAAAAAUGUGAUUGUACAGCUGUUGAUAUCGUGAAGCUUAAUUUCUGUUUGUUUAUUGGUCCUGAUUGAGCUUAUUGACGAAAAGCUAAAAUAAUAUUGCUGCUCGUUUGUGGAAGGUCACUGUAAUAUUUUAUUUUCACUUAUAGAAGAAUUUUGGCAGGUUUUUCCUAAUAGACAAAGAAAAACAAACACAAAAAUUGCCCUGUAAAAACAAAGAGUAAAAAAUUCUGGUUUUACCCUGCAUUUAUAUCCCUCAGCUUUUUAAAUGGUGUAGCUGAAACGUUUCAUGUUUUAUUGUAGAAAUCAGCAACUUCUGGUACUUUUAAACUAAAAUGGACUCAACCUGCUGUUAAACAGGCCCAUAUCUGACCUGACGAAGGUCAAAUCUGUAACUUUUAACAGUGACGUUUGAUGCAGAGUUGACGAAUCUCAUAGUUUUGUCGUUUGAAUUUUAACAAUUUUCGGUCAAAAUCRUUGUGGACAUCUCAAAAUCACAGCAGCUGUAUUUUUUUUAACAAAAAUAAUAAUAAUUAAAAUAAAUAAAUAAAUUGGUCCUAAAUCAAACAGGCAGUGGUGGGCACAGCUGACCAAAAAUGAGCAUUACUAAGCACUAAUCUGCUAAUCAAGAAUGUGACCUAACGAAACUGUUAAACAGUUUUUUAAAUUAGUUGAAGCUAAYGCUAACUGCUAAGACAACAUUCAUACAUAUUCAUCUCCUUCCAGUUGUCUGGUGGGACUGACGCCAACGCCAAUMCAAGUUAUUACCAGUUGUUACCCUGUCUAAGGUGAUACAUCCAUUUGAACCCUUUCAGAAUAAAAGCUUUUCUUUGAUCAAAUUUCUAGUUUUAUAAAUUCCGUUUGAAGUUGGUCAAACAACAAAUAGCAAUUACAUUCUCUACCAAAUUUUAUAUGUAGUCAGUUGUAUUUGUUAUUUUAAAUAUUGUUUACUAUUUUAUUUUUUAACACUCUUAGUUUGAAAUUUAGCAUCUAAAGAUGCUACUCAAACAUCCUGACAUGUCCAGCACUGCUUGUGAGAGGGAAUAGUUUUUAUUUAAUUCUGGAAAAGUGACAAAAAUCUCAGUUUUACACUUACUUAAAAUUAGCGGAACCUAAUCGUUCAUAACCGGUUUCCAAAGUGAGAUAAUCUGCUAAAUGAGAAGCUAGUUCCUCUGUUAGCGGAUUAGCAGAACUGUGCCCACCACUGCAAACAGGUAAACAAUAAUUUGUACUUGUAACUUUGCUUUUACGCUUAUCGGCCCAGUCAGCAGAAGGAAAUUAGUGCCUGAAGAGGAAUAACAGUAAAAACAUCUGCACUGAGUGAAGAAAGCAGAGUUGCAGUUUGUUAAUGUGACUGACAGGAUGUAGUUUUUAAAAGUUCGUUUCACUGGAACUUCUACCACUGAUCUGUCAGUUAGCGGGAUAUUAAAUCAGCAAACUGAAGGUACUUUUCUGCUGCCUGGAUGCUACGUUUAACUGAGGUCCUAUCAGCCAGCUGGAUGUUAAAACUCAAAAAGGUAGCUGACCGCUUGUCCUGCAGCGAGAAUAACUGAAAGAUUAAAUCAGUUUCUGUCAUUUCUGUUGUACAUAUCUCUGUUGCAUUAGUCUCCCUCAUCCUACACACUCUGGUAAAAACAAAGACUUGAUAUGAAGAUGUGAAACAAAGAAUCAAUCAGAUGUUUGUCAUGUGUAACAUGCAUGUGUUGUAAGUAGAUUACAGUGAGCCAUGAACCAUAAUGGUUUGUUGCUGUAAAAUCUGUCUGAAACUGAAGGUGGAUAUUUAAAAUCUCCUAACAUGU